CUUAUCGAAGAAAUAUUUCUAAGCUUUUAACUGGUUUACAUGGAAUCUUUAUGGUUUUGGUAAGCCAUAACUUCUUGUUUCUUUGCAUACUCACCCUUUGUUGUACUGGCAAAGCCUUUCCCUUUUCCUCUAAUCACCCAAAGAAGAUGCCUUUUAAUGGGGUCUUUAUCUUUGUUGGAAGUCCCUGACAGACACAUAACCCUAACUCUAAAGACCUUUAUCUCUCUCUUUGGUUAAAAGCUGAUGAACUAGAUCCCAAUCAAAUAUAGAACUCAUUGAAUAGGUUCGAUGGUAAAAGAAAAUGUUAUUAUUCCUAAUUUUUACUAUCGUUCGCACCGGCAUCUCCUCGAUACACAACCGAGCGGCGGCAACGGGACACGCCCUGGUUUUACCAAUGAAGUCAAUUUCGACACCAACAUGGUGAUCAUCCUAGCAGCUUUGCUUUGCGCAUUGAUGUGUGCUCUAGGACUAAAUUCCAUCAUGCGUUGUGCGUUGCGUUGUGGCAGACGGUUCGGUUUCGAUGCCUCCGAUGGGACCGCUACUGAGCGUCUACCCGCAUCGACAGGCCUUAAGAAGAGCGCGUUGCGACAGAUUCCGGUGGUUGUAUAUAGUCCGGGGAUGAAUUUGAAGGCUACGGAUUGUCCGAUUUGCCUUGGAGAAUUCAUGGAUGGGGAAAAAGUUAGGGUGUUGCCAAAAUGUAACCAUGGUUUUCAUGUGAGGUGUAUAGAUACAUGGUUGAAGUCAAGCUCGUCGUGCCCGACUUGCAGGCGGCCAUUGUUGGAUCGGACGACUAGCACUGAUGCUACGGUGGUGACCGGAGACAGGUUACGGCAACAGGGGAAUUCAUCAGGUGGACAACAAGCUGUUGUUGCAGUUGUUGCAGAUGAGGUUGAUUGAGCCUGAUCUUAAGGUUUCUUCGCCAGAUGACCAAAGGUCAUUAGGGGAUAUUAAGAGUAGCUUUUUUAAAUUUUUUUCUUAGUUUUCUUUGUGUAUAUGCAUAGGACAAUUAUUAAGAAUUUAAAUUGUGAUUACUAUCA